UUCCUUUCAGGAAUCACGAACUCCAGAAACACUCCCAGCCCGAUCGACCCAGACUCCAUCCAGGUUCCUGUCGGGUACGAGCCCGACCCGGCCGACCUGGCGCUGUCCAGCGUGCCGGGGCAGGAGAUGUUCGACCCACGCAAACGCAAGUUCUCGGCCGAGGAACUGAAACCACAGCCCAUGAUCAAGAAAGCUCGCAAGGUCUUCAUCCCAGAGGACCUGAAGGAUGACAAAUACUGGGCCCGGCGCAGGAAGAAUAAUCUGGCGGCCAAGAGGUCCCGGGACGCCCGGCGGCUCAAAGAGAACCAGAUCGCCAUCCGAGCCGGCUUCCUGGAGAAGGAGAACUCUGCUCUGAGGCAGGAAGUGGCCGAGCUGAGGAAAGAGCUGGGACGCACCAAGAACGUCCUGGCCAAGUACGAGGCACGGCACGGGCUGCUGUGAGCACGCACACAGGGAGUGUGCCUUUGUUCCCACAGCCCUAUGUUCCCACAGCCCUUUGGUCCCACAGCCCUAUGUUCCCACAGCCCUAUGUUCCCACAGCCCAAUGGUCCCACAGCCCAAUGGUCCCACAGCC